AACCAAAACAAAAAAAGACAAUUCGUGCUCGUAAAAAUCGAUAAAAAUUGCUGAAAAAUUCGAGAAAAGCCGCGUAAAAUUGUGAAAUUCCUGUAUACGAGACUCAUUAUCAUGUGAACACAAAAUAUAAGAGGAACGCAGAACACAGUAACAAAUUGUACUAAUAGUUGAAUAAAAUUAAUUUUAAGCAAAAAUAACUUUACAUCACAAUCAAAUCACACACAAAAAGAAACACCCACAAAUUAAUAAUUCGCAUGAAUCUAAUUAGAAUCCCACAUCAUUCAUCAUCGCAGCUGCUCGUAUCUCGUCGACAAAACUGUUAAUUAGUCUUUAGCAACAAUAAAACGACAAGCGAGCGACAAGAAGGAAAAAAACAAGUUUCGAGCGAAAAAAAAUUGAAGAAAGUGUUAGAAACACGAAACCUGAGGUCACACCUAAAUAUUUGUCCAAUGCACAUCCACGUAUGAACGCGAGAAUUCACUCAUCAUCAAUUAAGUAGAUAGGUAGUUAAAAAUAACAAAAACAAUAACUUUGUAAAUAUAGUCGUUGUGAAAGUGUGUAAUGUUGUACUGUUGUGAUUGUGUUAAUAAUCGUACUAAUGGAAGUAAAAUUUACUACUGAUGAUCCGUACGAAGAGCGAUUAUUUGAGCUGUUCAAAAACCAUCAAAGUAAAGACGAACCGCAACAACAAUUAGGUCUUGAUCGCGAUGGACUCGUUAAAUUAUGUCAAAGUUUGGAGUUGCGCGAUCGCGGAGAAGCUCUCGUAAAGUUACUAACAUCCAAGGCAAAUGACGGAACCGAGAAAAAAUGGUUGGUGAGUUUUCAGGACUUCCGUGCGGGACUCUUACAAAUCCUCGGAGAGGAAAUGAAAAGUAACGAAGGACAAGCAAUGAGUACCGAGCUAAAAACGGAAAAGAAAAGCGAUUCUGAUGAUCCCGAAAUGUCAGAUCGCGAAAUCAAACCAAAAUUUGUUGUUGGAAGAAAAAAGUAUGGAAGACGAUCUCGUCCCUUGGAUGAUGUUCAAACAUUUGCGAGCGGAGGAACACAAAGCGAAUCUGACGACGAAGCAGAUGAAAGUAGUCUUUCGUUGUACGAUAGUCCGAGUAGCGAUCAAAAGUUACGGAAUCAAAGUUCAACUGAAACAUCGAGCAGCAAAAGUAGCAAUAAUAAGGUUAAACGUUCUGUGUCGCAAAGUGAAAUGCAAGAAUCGAAGCGACGAAGACCCAUAUCGGCAAAUCAUCGAUUGAAGCGAUGUGCUUCGUUACCGCCACAAAGCAGAAAUAUUCAUGGAAGGCGAUUUGUGAAAGCAGGAAACCAAGCGAAUGUCGAAAAUUUGUCAAUCAACUUGCAAGAAAUUUGGAAAAGCAUCAGUACAGAUACAAAUCGUGAAGAAUUGAAAGUUACGUUAGAUCAGCUCGAACAAGUUUGUGAAAAACUCGGUUUACACAGUAUUGGAGCGAAACAAGCUGCUAUCGAGGCAUUUGACAAAAUAUCAAUCCCAUUGGAAAGUACGAUAAGUUAUCAACAAUUUGUCGAUUUGGUGCAAAAUGAUUCGAAUGUGCUUUCAUCGAGAGAAAAUAGUAUGGAUACAGUUGCCAUGAUUGAUCAAAAGACACCCACAGACGACGAUUCGUACACAUUGUCGACAAUAACGCGAGAAGCGGGAUCUGUUGGAAGCGACAUCAUCAUCGAAAUGUGGGAAAAUGCAGGAGUUGUGAGUGCAAGUGCCUUAUUAGUUGGAUUAGGAUUCUACGGAAACGAGAUUCAAAUUGCUGAGCUUAUAACGACGCUCGAGGAAGAAAUUCAACGAACGACGAACGAAAAGGAAAUCUUACCGCUUGUCAAAGCUUCGUUAACGUUACACAAAGCAGAAGUCGGCGCAUUGAGACACGCAUUCAAACAAAUUAUCGAAGAGAACAAGAAAUUGUACAGCAACAAUAAGGAAAUGAACAAACGAGCAGCUCUUUUGGCACAAGAAGUCGACGAACGACACAUGAGUAUGGAGAAAACCACAAAACGGGAGAUUCAAACGAUGGAAAGUCGACAUUCGGAAACGAUUAAACAACUAACUGAUCAAUUGCAACAAGAACGAGAUCAAUAUACAGCCAUAAAUGUGCGUCUCGAGAAUCGUAUUAAAAAUUUAGAAUCAGAAGAAAACAAAUUAAAAGCAGAAUUGUCAGCAGCUUUGGAAGAAAAUAGUGCAUUAGAUGCGGAAAAGUGCGAUUUACAGAAUCAAAUUACAGAUUUGUACGAACAAAAUAUAAAAUUGAAUCAGGAAGUUGCUGAAUUGGAAGAUCUGAAGGCUGUUGAACUCAAAAAAGAAAAGGAAAAUGAAGAAAUUCUCGAAUUGAUGGACAAAGUAUCAUCGUUACAGAUCGAAAACUCAAAUUUAAGAGACAAAAAUGACGAGUUAACGACAGAAAUUGAAGGUUUGAAUAUUGAACUCAACCGUAACAAGACAUUACGAAAAGCUUUGAGUCGCGUAAAUGAUGCAUCAAGUGAAAUAGGCAGUCAAGAUGAGAUUUCGGGUACAAUUGAGCAAGAAAUGAAUGGAACAGGAGCGAUAAAACGUCGAGGAGAUUCUCCAAGUAAAAUUCGAUUGCCUGAAGAAAGUCCUCGUCAAGGAAAAUUACGCAAGUGUCAUAAUACCGAAGGCGGAAACGAAUCUGAAACGAGCGGAGAAUGGAUGGCAUUGAACUCUGAGCUGAAUGCAAAUUCAAUGCCAAGUCAACAAUCCACAAAUGUUACAACAACUUCGGGAUUUUCGCAAGAAUCUGACAGUAUGAGUGAUACAGAUACCGUAAAAUUGUUAAAACAAAAAAUCAGUGAGUUACAAAGUAAAUUAGAUGCAAUCCCGAAAGACAAAGAAGAAUGGAUCAAAGAAAACGGAGCUCUUAAGCAGCGUUGUCAAGACUUGGAAGCAAGUCUUGAACAAAUGCGCAAAGAGUACGAAGAUUGUGAGGAUUAUUGGCAAAAUAAACUUUCGGAGGAGCGUAUUUUGUACGAAGAAGAGCAGCGACAAAGUGACGAUAAAUUCACAGAACUUUUGAGCAAAAUGUCUGAAUACGAAGAACAAUUCGCAAGUGCCACAGAAAAAGACGGAAAACUCUCACCGAUUGCGGAGAAUUCGAUGCUUGAACAACAAUAUACAGCACUGGAGGCUGAAAUGGAAGAAAUGAUCGAAAAAGCACGCGCAUCUUUGGAUGAACGUGAUAAAGAAAUUGACGAACUGAAGGCAAAAAUUAAACAAAUGCGCUCAAAAGAUUAUAAUACGCCUCCAACUCCGCCGCGUGUUGAUACGCCAGAUAGUCCUGCAAGCAGCACAAUUAGUUAUCUCUUCUGGAAUCAAAGCUCAAUUCAUGGUCCGGCACGAGAUUAUCAAAAUCCCGUGUACAAACAGAAACCCGCUGUGAAGGAAGGCAUUUCGUUCAAAGAAGAAGAGGAAGCUAAUAUGCGGAAAUCCAUUUCUCCGAUACAAAAACCUGUCAAACAAGGAGAUGACGAUGGAAAAUCCGUUAAAAGUGUUGCGACAACUCACAGUGUACAUCAUUCAACAAGAAGUUCAAGUCCUAUUGAUUACAAUGACAUCCAAUUGAAAGAACGAAACUUGAAGGAAGAAGUACAAAUGUUAGCAUAUCAAAGAGAUUCACUUAUCUCAGAAUUGCAACAACUUCAAGAAGCAAAACCCAUAUUAGCUCAAGCUUAUACUCACACACCGCAUCCAAAUCUCACGAAUCGUAUCCAAUAUUUGGAACAGAAGAACAAACAAUUGCAAAAUGUUCUCAAACAACAACAACAAUACAUGGAAACUGUCGUGCAUCAAGCUUGGAAUCAACAACGUCUCGAGAUAAUCGAACUGCGAAAUCGUUUAGAGGCCCAAACUGUUGUUAUCACAGAACAAGCACAACGUCUCGCAAACGCCGAUUUGCUCGCAAAGGAUCUUUUCGUGGAAAAUUCGCAUUUAACGUCAGCCAUACAACGCUUGGAACAACAACGUACUCGUCAAGCCUUGCUACAACUAAGUCAACAUUUACCCCAUUUAAAUCAGCAGGGACUUGGCCAUUUGCCUUAAAAAAAAAGAAACAUGAAAAAAACAUUAAAUUAUAUAUAGAAAGACUUUAAUUUAUAAUCUUAACUUCUUUAUUAUGUUUUAUCUUUAGUUUAAUUGUGUUAGAAAAUUAACAAGAAAGGAAAGUUACCUAAGUAUUUAUUGAAUGUCGAUAAGUCACAAGCAUUUUUUGUUAAUGAAACUGUGAAGCAAAAGACACAAAAGCACGAAAACUCACUAAAAUUGUUAAAUAUAAGCCUAAAUGAAACUAAUCUAAACUAAUAAAAAAAAAUAAAUGUUAAUAAUAUAUUUUGAGUGAAAAUAAGAAAAAAAAAUCAAAUAAAAAU